AUGCUGAGCAGAAUACUGGCGUUCCUGGCGCUUAGCGGCGUCAGGGCCCAGGACAUCGACUUUGCCCACGAAAAUGGCAUCAUUCAGCCGAAGAGUUGGAACCUCGCAAAAGUCGCAACUGUAACUGCCAACGCGACUUGCGGAGAAGACAACGCUGAUCAAUACUGCACUCUUUACUUCAACACCUGCGGAACUUGCAUCGCCAACGGCAGAGAUGGCCACCCGGUGGAAAACGUCGUCGACGGAACUGAAAGUUUCUGGAUGUCCCCUCCUCUCAGCAGAGGCGAGCAGAACAACAAGGUCACACUCACCUUCGAUCUCAAGCAACCCUUUCACAUUGCCUACGUCGUGAUCAAGUACGCAAUCUCUCCGAGAGCGAAGACCUGGGUUUUGGAACGAUCAGUUGACGGAGAAAACUGGGACGCGUGGCAGUACUUUUCUCAGGAUCGAUCGCAGUGCCGCACUUUGUUCGAUAAAGUUCCAACUGCUGAUGGAGAGUACGAUUCCGACAGCGAUGUAAUCUGCACCGAUGAAUACACCGAAAUCAACCCGGGCCAAGGCGGAGAAGUCGUCGUUUCAUUGGUGAAUGGUCGACCAUCUCAGGACUCUUUCUCCACUUCCAUCGAGUUGCAAGAAUUCACCCGAGCCACGAAGAUCCGAAUCCGUCUUCUCGAGGUCAACACUCACUACGGUCACUUCAUGUCUGCCGGCGACAACGAUCCAAAAGUCUUCCAGCGUUAUUUCUACGCGAUCAAAGACGUCGAAAUCGGCGGCCGAUGCGUCUGCAAUGGCCACGCCGACAACUGCGUAGAAAAAGACGGCGAGUACCACUGCGAGUGCCAGCACAACACGACCGGACGAAACUGCGAUCAGUGCGCGGCGAAUCAUGUUCAGAAAAAGUGGCGACCUGGAACUCCUGGAAACCCGAACGAGUGCGAACGAUGCAACUGCAACGGACACACUGAGACUUGCUUUUAUGAUGAAAAUGUUGAUGCCAACAAGCAGAGUAUGGAUUUGGCCAUGAACUAUGAGGGCGGUGGAGUGUGCCAGAACUGCGGAGAUAAUACUGAAGGAAAUAACUGCGAACGAUGCAAGCCUGGAUUCUGGAGACCUCAUGAUGCCCCUCUUAGUGAUCCUUGCCUUCCCUGCGACUGCGAGGAAGCCCAUUCCGAAGGAACCUGCAAUCCACACACUGGACAAUGCAACUGCGCUCCAAACUACGGUGGAAAACAGUGCAACACUUGCGCGCCCAAGAUCUUUUACUAUCCAAAAUGCGACCGUGAAUUCCAGUGUGAUGAAUGCUCCGAAGCCCUCCUCGACCGAAUCUUCCCCGAGACUGACAAGGUCACCCAGACCAUGACUCAGCUCAACAACGUCAUCACUUCCAAGCUCACUCAGACCAAGUUCGAUACUCUCGCUCAGGGCAAGGAUGAUAUCGAGCGAUCAAUCUCUCUCAUCAACGAAGGAAUGGAUCUCUACAACAACCACGAUGCCAAAAUGAGCUUCUUGCAAAAGGACAUUUGCGGAAAAGACGGUGAACUAGCACACUGGGUUUCUGUCUUUAUGGCGACCAAGGCUGCUUUCAAUAAAACCAUUCAAGACGGCAACAAGCUCCAGCAAGAGUUCGAGCAACAAGCUAUCCGAGCUGAAACAAUCUUGAACGAUUUCAAAGACGUCCAAAACAUGUCUCCAACUGAGUACGAGCGAAGAAUGAAGGACGCCCGACGAGAAGUGCAGGAGCUCCAGCAAAUCUACGCUUCGAACGUCUACUUGCCUCUUUUGAACUCUGCCGAGGCCGAGCGAGAUGAAGCCGUAGAUCUGCUCAAUGUUGUCAAAGAGCGAUUCGGAGGUGGAGAAACAACCGGACGAUGCCAUUCCAACCACCAGCCAGUAGAUUUCUACAGCCAACGACUUCACCCAGCAACAAAGGAUAACUUCAAGUUUACACCUGGAGAUAUCAACGCCAUCGACAUCGAUGGAACCUACCGACCAGUUGCUGUUGAAGAGCCAGAUUACGACACUUACGAUUCUGAGGACUACUCCGUUGACGACUUUGAAGAUGACUACAGUGAUGAUGGUUACGAUGUUGACGAAGAUGCUGUUGUUCCUGAUGUCAUCGAUCCUGAAGAUUAUUCUGAUUACACCGAGGAUGUCUAUGAAGCGCCAAAGAAAAUCGAUCCUCUUGGACUCGAACUCAUCGACAGCCCCUCAACUUACGAGAACGCCCGAUGCCCAACUGAUAAACAGCUCGCUAUCAUUCCCGAUGAGAACUCAAGAACCAUCGUCGAGGAAAUUCUCCGCGGCAGCAAUGUCAAAGAGGCAAUUAUCGGCCUCAAAGCUACUGCUUCUGUUCCUCCAGAUUCGUGGAAAUGGGAAUCUCCUCGAUGGAGAAGCAUUCCCGUCGAUAUGACAAUGUUCGCUGAGCCUUCAAAUGAUCCGACGAAGAAGUGCGUCACAAUGACCAAACGAGGUUUUGUCGCUGAGAAGUGUACCGAUGAGCUUGAGCACUUUGUCUGCCUCGGAAAAGAUAUCGAUCAGAAAUGGCGAUUCUUUAUCGAAAAGAACACUGAUGGCCUCAACUACAACGGCGCUCAAUUUGCUUGUAACUCUUCUAGCAUCCAGGGUUCGCCCAGAAUCGGAGCAGUUAUUCAUAUUCCAAAGACUUUCAUGAUCAUGAAACGAUUCAUGGAAGACCAAAAGCCUCCCGUCAACAAGGCAUGGAUUGGUCUUCGAUCUCAUGAUGCCAUGGCUGAUGUUCGAUGGCGAUGGGCCAAUGGAAUGGGCUGGAACUCGGCCCUUCUUGACGCUGUUGACAUCAACAAGAUGAACAAAGACGUUGUCAACGACGGUAAAACUUGCCUCGCUGUCAGCCAAAACAAUGGAAACAUUGAAUGGAAAGCUGUCCGAUGCGAUGAGCCAAGACCAUACCUUUGUGGUCGAAACCCACCACCAAACUCGUAUUCUCCAGCUCUUUCCCGAAGCAAGCGAAAUCUGCCCGUUCUUGUCAACUCUCUCCGUCGAGUCACUAGAAACUCCCUCGAUGAUCUCAACGCUGUCCAGGACCGACCUCAGUACAGCUACACUGAACUCGCUCCCAACAGUAAUUUAAUCAUGGUUAACGAUUAUCGACCAGGUGGUGACUACCCUCUCACUUCCAACCUCGUUGAUCAACUUGAAUGCGUCGAAUACAUAACAAACAAAGCUUCGAGCACUCACAAGAAGCUCUCCUCGCUGGAAAACCGAAUCCACGACGCGGAAGACAUCAACGCUGAAACCGGAGCUCUCGUAAAUAAACUCGAAGAGGAUCUCAAAGAAGUCUAUGACGACAUCGAGCUUAUCCACGAUGUCAACAGAAACAUCCAAGCGGGUUUUGACGCUAAUGAUGACACUGAGGAUCUUGCUGACAGCGCCAGUGCCGCUCUUGACGAGCUCGAAGACUACGAUUCGAUCGACUUCCGAAUCCCAGAGAUUAUCGAGCGAACUGAAGAUCUCAAGGACCACGACUGGCCAGAAAUCGAAAAGCAAGUUGGCGAUGCUCGUCUUCGAGCAAAACUUCUCCACGACAAGUAUCUCGAGCUUCUCAAGAUCUUCAGCAUUGCCGAUGGCGCUUGCACCUACCAUGAUAACGGAAAGGUCACUUGUGACGAUGUUCCCGGUCUCCACAACUUGGCCGCCAUUCUCUACAAUGCUGCGAAGAUGAUCGCCGAGGGUGAAAGGGCACUUGAAAAUACCGAUGCACAACUCAGCCGAUUCGAUGGAAACCGUGACAUGUACACUGAGCCAUGCGAUGCCGGAGAAGCCCCAGAUUUCAGCUCCUUCGAACAAUUAAACAAGACCUGGCACGGAAUUCAGGAAGAUAUUGCCUUCCUGGACCUUGCUAAUCUCAAGGACUACACGUACACCGACGAAGAUAUUGCUCGACUUGAUGCUAUCGGUGCCAAGAUCAAGGCUGUCUAUGAUGAUCUCAAAGACAUCUACCGAGGCAAAACUCCUCCAGAUAUUGCUGAAGGCGAUUAUGCCAAUCUCUGGGGCUUGGAAGGCGCUGUUCAGUUCAUGAAGAAUCCUGGCUGCUGGUACAAGGAUGAAGUUUGUGAGUACGACGUUACUGAUGAUGUUGAGCUCAAACAAUGGUUCGACAAAUACAAGGAAAUCAUAGACGACGCUAUUGCCAAGGCUGAAGAGACUCUCAACAAUGGUUCGAUUGUAAACACGCUGAGCAGUGCGCGUCAAAUCUACGAUGGAUAUAUCGCGCCAGAACAGAACAUUGCCGCGGAAGUAGGCGAGAGCCUUUCAGAGCUGGAUGAUCAAAUCAUGGAAAUCCAACACUUGAUCGAGUCGACAAAAUCUCUCCUCCAGCGAGUUCCACUUGAAAAAACCGCGCAAAAACUUUCCGAGUCUGAGCGUAUCUCGCCAAGCGUCGGUGAACUUGCUGACAGCCGAUUCCACUUUGAAAUCGAAGCCAAUGUACGACUUCAGCGAGGUGAAAACAACAUCCUUUCUUUCGGAAAUGAUGACUCUUUCGUCACCAUCGACACUGAACAAAAACAUGCUGUGGCGACUUUUGUCAAUGCCAACGCCGAGUUUGAGCUCCGAUCAAGCAUGCCAAUCAACAACGGAUUUUUCUACAAUAUCAAGUUUGCCAAGAUGGGUCGACGAAUCGAGCUCAUCACUACUUGCGCUCAAGAUGAUUGCGGAUCUGCCGAUGGUGGUGCUGAUGGCGAUCGAGAAGAUCAACGUCGACGACGUCGUCACAACCGAAGAAAGCGUCUUUCUCGACGAGUUUCUCGCGCUGCUGAUGCUAGCACUCCCAGUGUCAUGUUCCUCGACCCCGAGUACGCUAUUUGGGAUGACUUCAACAACAACAACAAGCUCAUAAUCGGUGACUACGGCGAUGAAGCUAUCUUCGGCGGUCUCCAGGGAGAACUCAACGGUGUCAGAAUCAACGGCCGAAUGGUCUACAUCUGGGACUUGGACAUCGAAACAAUGGAACCAGAGGACAAAAAAUUCGACAUUGUCUCUGAUGCUCUCGUCGAGCCAGCGAAGUGCUGGGCCGAUAACAACGGAAAAUUCCGAGACCAGGAGGAACUCAACAGCCUCGACUGUCCUUGCCUUUCCGGCAAAUCAUCUUACUUCGAGAUCGAGCAAAAAUCAAUUGAUCUCAGUUAUUUGAGCAAGAUCCGUGGUACAAUUCAGUACACCGAGCAUGGCAACGCUGAUAACUAUGUCGUGGCCGCGCUCUUUGGUGGAAAUUCUUACCUCCUCGUUGAAAAGCGAAAUACUGUUUUGACGCUGAGAAUUGCCACUGGCUACAGAGAAGAUGCUAAUGGAGAUCAAGUGGUCGAUCUUGACUUUGACUACACUGCGGAAUGGGAUUACUCGCCAUCGACUUUUGAUGAUAUCAGCACUAUCCGAUUCGGCUUGCAAAAGAAGAGUUCUGGCCCUGCAGAGAUUUACGAAGGCAAAAUUCUCCAAUAUUCUGAUCUCUACCGACCAUCAGCUGAAAAGCUUCAAGCUCUUGACAAAAAGUUCACCUUCACCAUCCCCAAGUUCCAGUUCGACAUUUUGAAGGACGAUCUCGACCAGGAAUCGAUGUACUUUGGUGGUAUCCCACAAUACCGACUUGAACCAAGAAUGAAGAGAGUUCUCACCAGACUCGGUCUCAUCGACGAUCUUGGCCAGGGAGGAGUUCGAGUCAAGUCCAUGCCUGCCUGCUUCAGCCGAUUGAAUAUCAACUCUGACGAUAUCAACAAGAAGGGCGAGAACAGAUUCGUCAAUGUCCUCGACGGCGCUGGCAUCUACCGACACAACCGAGAACCGGACAACAAAGAUAUCCGAGUUCAAACCGGACGCAACUUGGAAUCAAACACAACAAUUGCUCUUCCUGUCGGACUCAAUGCCAAGGAAAUGGUUGGAGACAAAGAAUUCUCUUUCGGUCUUUCGAUUGAGUCGCUAUCCGACGCUAGAAUCUUCAAAUUCGCCAACGGCGAAGUCAAGGUCGAAGAUGGCAACCUUAUCUUCGACAUCAACUCGGUUUCGUACAAUGGUGGCGCUGUUCUUGCCACUGGUGAUCCCUCCUCCACGGUCCUUGUCAUCAUGAAUGUUGUUGGUGGAAACACUGAACUCUUCAUCCUCGGCGAAAAAUCCGAUUUCAGCGCAGUUGCUGACGGUCAAGUCGCUGACUUCUCCGACAUGGAGCUCGGUGGAACUAAUCCUGGCGGCGAAGCCUUCGAAGGAGUCAUUCUACAGCCACGUCUGCAGACGAUUGGACAGUCGCAGCGAUACUUGAGCAACUUCAGAUGCAAAUCACCGCGUCAGAAUCCAAAACGAACACGACUCCAGCGCGAGCAAGACGACACUUACAAUUGCAACAGAAUGCAGUUCAACUAUUAUUACGAAGAAUAA